AAUAUUACUUCUAGAAAUAAUGUCUUCUUGAAAUUUAAUUAUUUCAUUUUUCGAAAGUUGGCCCAAAACGGAUGCACCAAGCAGUUCUGCUUUGACAGCAACGGGCUAAAAGAAACACAAAAAACACUAAUAUGUUUGUUUUGAAAGAUAAAUUAGACAAUUUCUAUAAUUUUGCAUAGCAGAUAAAUAAGCAGAGAGAGAGUUUUUUUUUUUUGUUGUUGUAAUCUUUGCGCUUUUCAGACAUCAAUUAUAAGAGAAAAUGAAAAUUCUUGUUUUCGUGCCCCUAGUGCCAUGAAUUUAUGUUGUCUUUUAAUCCCUGAACCUUUUGUUUCAUUCCUUUUUUAAACACGAGCCUCAGGUGUUCGACGAAAUGUCAAACAGAGUUUGCAUGAAAAAGUGGUUGCUGACAGCAAUGGGCACUCACAUUGUGAACUUUCUAACCAAACACAAACAACAACAAGCAUUUUGUGUUUCCAUUCGAUCAAAAACAACUUCUAUUCAAUAUGUAGAAUCGAGAGCUAGAGACCCCACGUUUGAGAAACUGAUGGAUAAGUACAAGAACCUUCUCAAAGUCAUUGCCGUUCAAGACCUUAUCCUUGCUAACCCCAAAAACCAAUCAGUCUCUAUUGAAUUCCUCUCCAACCUCUCUCAGAAGCUCCACCUCAACCGUGGCGCCACUGCUUUCCUUCGUAAGUUUCCUCACAUCUUUCUCAUUUACUAUGAGCCUUCCAAGUUACAGCCAUUUUGCAGGUUAACCGAUGCUGCUCUUGAUGUCUCGCGCCAUGAAGCUGAGGUCAUUAAUGCUUCUUUGCCUCUUGUUGUUGAAAGACUUGUUCGGAUAUUGACCAUGUCUGCUUCCAAGACGGUUCCUCUUAGAGCUAUUUUCAAGCUAUGCGAUGCGGAUGAACCGAAUACUCAUUUGUUGAAGCUGGUUGCUGAUGUUCCCAGCAAUGGUUUUAGAGCUGCUGUUGAGGAUUGGAGGGUUGUUGAGUGUUGUAAAGAGGAGUGCAGUGUUGAUAGGAUGGAAAUGAGGUUUAGUUUCAAACAUGGGUAUCCUCCAGGGAUGCGGUUGACCAAGAAUUUUAGAGCCAAGGUGAAGGAAUGGCAGAGUUUGCCUUAUGUGGGGCCUUAUGAAAUGGUCAGUGAGAAGAAGAAGUUGUCUAAGGCUGGAAUGAUGGCGAUGGAGAAACGAGCAGUGUCGAUUGUUCAUGAGUUUCUGAGUUUGACAGUGGAGAAGAUGGUGGAAGUUGAGAAGAUAAGCCAAUUUAGAAAAUGGUUUGGAAUUGAUUUAAAUAUAAGGGAUUUGUUCUUGGAUCACCCAGGGAUCUUCUAUUUGUCGACUAAGGGUAAAAGGCACACUGUUUUUUUGAGGGAAGCUUAUGAAAGAGGGUGUUUGAUACAACCAAAUCCUGUCUAUGAAGCAAGGAGAAAGCUACUUGAUCUUGUUGCUUUGGAACGUCGGGGUUUACGUGCUGUUAAUUCCAAGUUGCAGGAUAGAAGCAGUAGCAAUGAGGUUGAACAAAAGGACAGCAUGCAAAGAGAUGAUUCAUUAUCAUCUUUUGACUAAAGCAUCAUUCCAUUACACGCUAGGUACAUUGUUUAUUUGCUUUUCAUUGUCCAAGGUUGCUUAACUUUCUUGUGUGCUGUUGUUCGUAUAUAAGGACCAAGAAAUGAAAAUGAUACUACACUACACCUUUUAUUCUAUCUUGGUUAAAUGCUCUGCAUAGACAGUUUGUGUAUAUAGGAAGACAUCCUAAUUAACGAGAAGUAUUUUCUGUACUGGAAUAGUUGGAUGGAUGAAAUCUGAGCACAGGCUAUCUUCAUCUUGUAACUCUGCUUCAGCUUGUUCGGACAACAUCAUGCAUAACUGUUACUGGCUUUUUAUCACAUUGAAGGAUGCAAAACUAUGCUUCCUGUUCAUCUUCAUUUCAACAUUUUGGCACAUAAAUUUAAGGUGCUAGUAAGCUUAUCAUUUUUAAACGGUUUCGAGAGGUGUCAACAUAUAUUUGAUCCAGGCGAUAUGACGGCGUGAUAAUCAAAUAUGGCAAGAAUAUGCACAGAAUGUUGGAAACCCCUGUGCCAAUAUAAGUUAUAAGGGUGAACUUGUUAUUUAGUUCUGUUGCUAUGCUAUGGUCUUAGAAGUAGCCUUAACAAAAGAAAUGUAUUCUGUACUUUGUAUUUUGGAUAAAGCAUUAUAUUUGAAAAUUUUCUAGAACAUUAUGUUCCUACAGAAGAAAAUAAUAUUUGUAUUGAAUUCUGCAACCAAAUAUUAUUAUAUUGGCGCUA